CAUGCACCAUAAAGACCAGGAGAGAAGAUGUCUGUGAAGGUUCUCAGUCAUCCAGGUCAUGCCUGCUUCAACGAUGUCACCCAGGAAAGAGCAUUAGUGAUCCGGACCAGAGCCACAGCAGGCAUGAACGCGUCUGAUCCAUUCGCCUAUGAAGAGGAGGCGAUGCAGGAUAACUCCACCUGGGAUCACUCCUACUACCACCAGAACUACACCCUGUCUCCUCCGCUGCUGUCAGACAGGACCAGCACAUCCAAACCAGCAGCAUGCGAGCAGGUCCACAUUGCCGUGGAGGUCUUUCUGAUCCUCGGUAUCAUCUCCCUGCUAGAGAACAUCCUGGUCAUCACGGCCAUCGUGAAGAACAAGAACCUCCACUCACCCAUGUACUUCUUCGUCUGCAGUCUCGCCGUAGCGGACAUGCUGGUGAGUGUGUCCAACGCCUGGGAGACCAUCAUUAUUUACCUCCUCAACAACCGGCAGUUGGUGGUGGAGGACCACUUCAUCCGGCAGAUGGAUAACGUGUUCGACUCCAUGAUCUGCAUCUCAGUGGUGGCAUCGAUGUGUAGCCUGCUCGCCAUCGCUGUAGACAGGUACGUCACUAUCUUCUACGCUCUGAGGUAUCACAACAUCAUGACAGUGAGGAGAGCCGGCUGCAUCAUUGGAGGAAUCUGGACCUUCUGCACAGGCUGCGGGAUCGUCUUCAUCAUCUAUUCAGACACCACCCCCGUCAUCAUCUGCCUGGUCUCCAUGUUCUUUGCCAUGCUGCUCAUCAUGGCGUCCCUCUACAGCCACAUGUUCAUGCUGGCUCGUUCGCACGUGAAGCGCAUUGCCGCCUUGCCCGGAUACAACUCCAUCCACCAGCGCGCCAGCAUGAAGGGAGCCAUCACACUCACCAUCCUGCUGGGGAUCUUCAUCGUCUGCUGGGCCCCCUUCUUCCUCCACCUCAUCCUGAUGAUCUCGUGUCCACGGAACCUCUACUGCGUGUGCUUCAUGUCCCACUUUAACAUGUACCUCAUCCUCAUCAUGUGCAACUCAGUGAUCGACCCUCUGAUCUACGCCUUCAGGAGUCAGGAGAUGAGGAAGACUUUUAAGGAGAUCAUCUGCUGUUACAGCCUGAGGAACGCCUGCACCAACAUCUGUGCUCUCACGGGUAAGUACUGAGAGACGCAGGGGAGUGUCAGGAUGAACAGACUGCCUCCUAAACAGGAGAGACACCAUAGAAGAACACUGUUUGAGAACUGGUUCACUGCACCCGUCUGCCAGUACAGCAUACAGUCAAGCACAUUUUGUUCUACUGCCCAGCGCAGACUGAAAAGAAGACACUCGCAGGAUGUAGGAAAGUUAAACUACUGUAUCUGGCAUGUACACAGGGUGGUUGGCUUAUAAGGUACAUUAUGUGAACACAGCCGGGACAAUUUCAAAUCAGGAUUCAUGCGCAACUGGGUCAGAUAAGAAUCUUUCAUUGUUGCUCACAAGUCUUUAUCCUCCUUUUUUAUCCUCCUGCUUUGGCCUUGUGUUUUAUAUGAAAAGGCUUUUAUUAUCCCUCAUUCCCUCCGUCAUUACGUAUUUAGUCGUUUCGUAAGAAUACUUCUGUACUGAAAUCAUGAAGACCAGGGUCUUUAAGUUAUGUAAUAUCUGUGAAACCCUCAUCUUAUACUCACUGAGUGAAUGAAUGUUCAUAACCAAGCUGUGGUUUGUCUUGUCAGAGAGUGUAAGACCAAGAAGGGAUCUUUAUUCCCCCGGUUGCUGUUGAGUUAUGUCAGAAAAAAGGAAAAGAAAGAGUUUAUAUGACCCAAGUGAUGAAAAAUGAAGCUAAUGAGGAAGACUAGUUCCUUUAAGGCCCACUUGAGGCUGUCUGCAAAAGAACAAUCCCCAUCCUGUCUCAUGCUGCCAUUUUUACUGCAAAAUGAAACAUGUUUACAGCUGAACUAAAAAAAACAGCAUGAGGUGUGUGUCUCAGAUAUAAAGGCUUUGCAUCAUUAGGGGCACAGCUGAGUUCAUGAACAGGUGAGAGUGUUUUAGCUGUUUACAAGGAAGCUUACAUCAAACUUCCACCAAAUCCAUGCCCGGUCUGACUCCGUGCUCUCUCGUCCAUCAACACUCAUCGGUUGUGUUUUCAGAAUGCAGACAGAGCAGGUGUUGGAAUAUGGUGGUAAGCGUGUUAGUAGUAUUGUAGAAGAAUGACAGAAACCAGGUUGGCAACAGGUAAACUGUGAUAAUUAUUAAACAACAUGAGAUUACAGAAAAUAUCUACUCUUGUGCGAUCUCCCUCUCAUGCCUCUAUCUGUCAGCCCCUCUCUAAGAACAAUCCCAAGCCUGUUGUAACCAUAGACUGUGUAUAGAAUGGACGUCAUCUCGCUCUGCAUCUGGCCAAAAAGUCUAGUGUAUCUGAUCCGGAGGGCUCCAACCUACCGGCUCAGAGACACAGCCGAAACGAACGGAGCGGAUCCAGUGGAAGUUAACAGAAGUCAGAAGUUGACUAGAAUAGAUACCUAUGAGAUCUGGUGCCGUGACUGAUCAGACUUUGGUUGAGCAAGCAUCCCCAAUAUGUUGCCUGCUAUUGUUGGGCUCUAAAAUGUCCCUUCAAACACCAAUGGGUGACGUCCAUUUUUCUACAAUCUGUGCCAUAACCAAAAGCAGAAAGGACAGAAGGAUUCAAAAGAUGACUCAUCGAAAUCAGGGACAAAUCCAUAGAAAAGGAAACAGUGUUCAGAAAAUGCCUAAAUCUUCAGUUUUGAGACACCAAGUUUGAAAGAAAUAAGGGGCCACACCUGAAGGGGUUUUGAGGCUUGGUAGUUGACUGAUCAGGGAUUUUAAUUUUUAUUGCAGAAUGUGCAAAUUUGAGAGGUAGUCUUAAGGCCCAUUUUCCCCUAAAAUCUUUUUAGGAGCUUCAAACAUUUGCAGGGUGUGCAGUUCCUGAUGUUACCUUUGAUUGUUGCUUUUAUAGUCAUGCAAUUGUGCACGAAAAGUACGGCAAGUGAUGUCAACAUGCAAAAUUACUAAAGGGAGAUUUUAGGCGAAAGAUGGUUAAGCUCUGAUGAGCCCUAGUGUUCUCCUUCAGCCUGAUAACAGCACUGUGUGAAAAAAGAUGAUCCCAAAUCAAACCAGCAAAUCUGACAACAUGUAAACGAUUUUUGUCCAAGUUUUACGUCGCUGACAGACGCCCUGCUAAUCUGAGCAACGGAUAAAACUCUGCUCUUACAUGUCACGCAAAAUGUGCUGAAUGCAUCAAACUCAUCUGCAAAAACUCACAUUGUUGAAAGGAAAGUCAGCCCUCUUCUUAAACUGGAUUCUCAAAGACAAUCUUGUGUUGACAUCAAAGAGGAAAGGAAGCACAAAACCAAGCCAACCCUCAGUCAGAGGUUCAUCUUUGAGGCGUUCACGUUCCUCCUGAUGAACCUGACAGAGUCUCUGCUUUCUUGUUUGCACCUCCAGCAACCUGAGACAGCUGCAACACACACUCCUCGUGGAGAUCUUCAGACAUGUGUAAUCUUGUUUGUCAUGCGUCGGUGGGAAAAGGAAGCUGCUAUUGAACUUUUGGAUUACAUCAACUACAGAAAGACAAUUUCCUGCGGCUGCUGUAUGCCUGCAUCCCCCUGCUGUGUGACAAUUACCGAGCACUUUCCUCAAAUCUGACAAUGCUCAGCCGCAUUAUAAUAUCUGCUCUGCUCCGACUUCAAUGCAGUCUUAUUUCUGUCCCGUCCAUCUUCUAUCUUAUAAUCAUAGCUGUUCUAUUCUUCCUGUACCCCCGCUGAUCUCUGCAUACCGCCUCCCUGCCGACAGCCUGUUUUUAACUCCUGUAUGUAAAGAUGACACAAGGUUACACUUGAACUAUAGGAAAAUGAAUGUACAAACAGCUUUAUUGUGCUCUUUGUUUGAGUGUUAGCGCUGCCUACCUCCCGAGAAGCUCAACAGAAGCUUCAUCACAAAGUGCAACCAUCUGCUGAAAGUGUUUCCUAAUGAAAUUUGAUGCAUCAUUCUUCUGUGGUUCUUACUUAACAUUUGAUCUCCUGUGUUAAAUAUUAUUUAUUGCAAAAAAGAGUACACCUUUGUAUUAUUUCAUCUACAAACUGACCCUUUGGACUUUUAUGCAUUAGCCAAAAGAUUUACAAACAGGUUCAUCUCUGUGUUGUGUUGUGAUCACCUUGCUGUAUCUUCUACUGAUGUUUAUUGUGAGUUCUUUGCUGUUGUGCGAUCAAAAGAAGAGCAUAAGAACAUAAAACUCCUGCAUGGUAAAGUGAUUUUGAUAAAACGCAGUGAGAUGUGUAUUUCUCCCUCUAAAGGUUUGUAUAUCAGGAAAGAGAUGGAUCCAUUAUGCUCACUGUAAAUUAGCCUCCAUCCUGAAAUGUCAGCGGCAUCACACCCAUGACUCAUUGUUAUUGUUGAUUGUAAAGUAGUUUGUUUAUGUUCCCACAGAAAUACAAGCGAAAGCACUGACACUGGACAGAGGUAAACACCACCCGCUCAUUACCUGCUGCGCUUCUGUACAGUGAGACAAUAGAAACAUCUGUGGGGACUGUUGUUAUGUUUGUUAAAAGCAGAGUGAUGGCAUGCAAAAGUACAAAUGUGAGCUUCCGUUACCUGUGUUGCUUUAAAUGCUUAUUCCUGUGUGCCUGAAUAAAAGCAAACAAUCAAA